UCCCAUUAUGAUUACACCAGAAUGAAGAUGUUAUCAUUACUAAGAGUCAUCAUUUUUACCGGCCUCCUGUUUGUAUACAAGGCAGUUGGGGAUCCUUCUUUUUGUCAGAUACAGGGAAAUCCUGAGUUUCCUGUAUUUUCAGAAGAAGGAGAUCUGAAUAUCGGAGGUCUUUUUUCUAUCCACAACAAUAUCACAGAAUCUUCACUUUUCUUUACAGAAAGACCAACAGCACUUAGUUGUACAAGUAUUUACCGUAGGGGGUUUCGAUUUGUUCAGACAAUGAUUUUUGCCAUUCAGGAAAUAAAUAAAAACAAGUUUCUUCUUCCCAAUAUUUCUAUUGGAUAUCGGAUUUAUGACAACUGUGCAUCCACGUUAUCAUCAAUGCGUGCCGUAAUGGCUCUGAUGAAUGGUGAUGAGUUGACAUUGGGAAAUAGCUGCUCUGGGCAAUCAGCUGUUCAUGCUAUUAUUGGAGAGUCUGAAUCUUCUUCAACUAUUGUACUUUCUCGCACCAGCGGACCAUUUCAAAUUCCAGUGAUAAGCCAUUCAGCCACCUGUGAGUGUUUGAGCAAUAGAAAGGAGUACCCCUCAUUUUUUCGAACGAUUGCAAGUGAUCUCUAUCAAAGCCGUGCCCUAGCACAGCUGGUCAAAAACUUUGGCUGGACCUGGGUUGGAGCAGUAAACAGUGACAGUGAUUAUGGCAACAAUGGGAUGGCCAUCUUUCUCUCUGCAGCACAAGAGGAAGGGGUUUGUGUGGAAUAUACAGAAAAAUUUGACAGGACAGAGCCAAGAAAGCUCUUAAAAGUAGUAGAAGUCAUAAGAAAAAGCACUGCUCGGGUAAUUGUUGGAUUCCUUGCUCAUAUAGAGAUGAAAUAUUUGCUAGAGCAGUUGAGUCUUCAUAAUAUCACGGGGUGGCAGUUUAUUGGGGUGGAUGCUUGGAUCACUGCCGACAGCCUUGUGACUCCCACCAGCUAUAAAGUGCUUGGAGGUGCAUUAGGUUUUGCUAUACAAAAGGCAAACAUCAGCGGGUUGGAAGAAUUCCUUGUCAGAGGCUUUUGGGAAACAGGUUUUCCUUGUAAUCAAAAAAAUAACAAGGCAAGUCUGACAAAAUGCAAAGAAAACAAGGAUAUCAUGGAGCUCAGAGAUAAUCAGGAUGAUGUGACAAAGUUGAGAUACACAACUAAUAUCUACAAAGCUAUAUAUGCCGUAGCACAUUCUCUACACAGCAUCUUAAAUUGUUCAGAAGGUCAAGGGUGUAAUAAGACUGUGGAGGUCAAGCCAUGGGAGGUAGUAGAGGCUUUGAAGGAUGUCAACUUCACCAUUAAGAAUGGGGACAAAGUGUGGUUUGAUAACACUGGAGCUGCUGUUGCCAGGUAUGAAGUGCUGAACUGGCAGCAAGGAGAAAAUAACUCUGUUCAUUUCAAAUCUGUUGGCUACUAUGAUGCUUCACUACCCCCUGGUAAGAGGUUUGUUCUUAACGAAGAAGCAAUUAUGUGGCCGGGGGAAUCAAAGAAGGUAAAGGCCUUUACUGACGAUAAAAUCUGA